GUACGUACUACGUACUACGUAGAUUGCAGCGUUUCAAGAGCAAAAAAGGAGAAAGUUCAAAAUUUUAAUAACCAAGUUGAAUGAACCAAAUUCAAUUCUGUGCCAAAGAAACUGAAUUGUACAAAAUUUUGAUAAUAAUUUCACCAACUGUUCAAACUUUGAACUCGAAAGUGGUUAUCAUUUUUAUUUCGGGUAGGUAAUCGUGAAAAUCAAAAGCAAAAUAGUCCGACUGAGGAAUGACUAAAUUCAUGAAAUUGUCAUUUACUAAAAUGUCCUCUCAUUUCCAUUCGCACGCUCUUGAAUUGAAUCACUGAUAAAAACUUGAGUAAUAUUUCUUCAUGUUUAAACUUGAAGCAUAUGGUACAGACUGUAGAUUAGAAUCCCUUGAGCGCGCACAAAAUGACGUCAUAGUCGUCUUAUUAAUCCUGAUGUGGCUUGUUAUGACUCCAGAUUAUCAAAACAUCAGAUUAGAACAACCACUUUACUACCGUACAUCGCUCGGGAGAUCAAUGAAAAUGGACAAUUUUAGAGUAGCAGUGAAAAUGAAUCGUGCACCCAUAUCGUUGAUCCUGCUAAAGAAGCUUGUAACGAAAAAGAAAAAGGUGCCAAGCAAUAGCAUACAAAAUCUAUAUAAAGUUAUUCGUCAAUAUGAAGCUUUAAUCGACAACUAUACAAAAAGAAUCAACGAAAUAGAAGAUAAAUUAGUUCAACAUAACACUUUGGAAAAUAAAGUUUUAAUUAUGAAGAAAAUGAUCGAAAUCGAAACGCAAUACAGAUCCCAUGUCACUAAAUAUCUGGGAUAUCGUGAACGACUUAAUACCAUGAGAUUGGACGAAUUUAGAAAAAAAUUGAAUACAAUAAAUCAGCCGAUUACGUUGAGCUCUCAUACUAAUCAAAAUGUCGAUGUCACCACGUUAGAAUUUGAACACACAUACGGCACUGGCAAAGAAAAUUCCGGAACUGAAGAAACUGAUGAUGAAGACGACCAAAAAAGUGAAAAUAACUAAGUAGAUGUGUGAAAUUAUGGAAAUUUAUACCUUUUUUUUAUCGAUAUGGUUACGAAUAUAUAUAAUAUUUAUGA